ACCGGAGUGCGCAAGGAGCGAAAAUGAAGUACAACCGCAACGUCAGCUCCUCCCGGCGCAAGAGCCGCAAGGCUCACUUCUCGGCGCCCUCGAACGUGCGCCGGAAGCUCAUGACCGCCCCUCUGUCGGCUGAGCUGAAGAACAAGUACGGCGUCCGCGCUGUGCCCAUCCGCAAGGACGACGAGGUCCAGGUCACCCGCGGUGCCUUCAAGGCUCGCGAGGGCAAGGUCGUGGAGGUGUACCGCAAGAAGUGGGUGAUCCACAUCGAGCGCGUCUCCAAGGACAAGAAGAACGGUGCCGUCGUGAACGUGGGCAUUGACCCCUCCAAGGUGGUCAUCACCAAGCUCAAGCUGGACAAGGACCGCAAGGCCCUGCUGGAGCGCAAGAAGGUCGCCCGCGCCGCCGAGAAGGGCAAGGGCAAGUUCACGGAGCAGGACGUGGCCAUGACCAACGUCGACUAAACUGCUGGUCCCCAGCAGCCAGCGGCCGGGCGUGAGUCCGGCCGCCGACGUCGGGCGGUGGUAGGCAGCGCAGACAGCAGCGAUGGCGACAGUGGCCCUGGCGCCUUUUAGCGGGGCUACCCUUUGGGACAGCCGAGCGGCGCGACGCGCGCGGGCCCCGUCAGCGGUGUAUGCGUCGGCGUGAGGGAGCCUCUUGGCGCUUUUCGCUGCUUGUUUGGCGCUGUGGCGGGAGGCAGUCCGAUGCUACGCGGCAGCAGCCCGUGUGUGUGUUGUGGUGUGGUGCCCCCGGAAAGUCCGUCCUCGGGCGGGACGGCGGGACGGCCAGGUGCCUGUGCGGGCGGGUGGGGGCGGGCGCAGCGGCGGCCGCGACGCGGCGCGCCCCGUGCCGCACGUGCGGCGCCUGCUGCAGUGGAGUGGAAGGAGCAGCUCUUUGACAUUUCGCGAGCGAGGGCGGCUGCGUGCGGCUGCCGCGUGGGCCCGUGGCAGACGGCCGCUGCCAACCUUGUGCGCUGUAAGCAUCAAUGCGG